CAACAUGCAGGAAAAAGGCAAUGCAGUUUCUUGUGUCACCGCCUCUUUAAAAGAGCUGCAGAGGGUUUUGUAUGGAGGUAAACGAUUUGGGAAUCAUGUGGAUGAAGUCUGGCCAAAUCUCUUCAUUGGGGACAUGUCUGUUGCCAACGACCGCUACAGUUUGUGGAAGCUGGGAAUUACUCAUGUUGUGAACGCAGCUCAUGGGAGGAUGCACUGUCAGGGGAGCCAUGACUUUUAUGGAUCCACAGUGGAAUAUUAUGGAGUCCCCGCUGAUGACUCACCAAAUUUUGACCUUUCUCGCUACUUCUUUCCAACUGCUGAGUAUAUUCAUAACUCACUCAAUACAAAUGCUCGUGUUUUGGUGCACUGUGCAGUUGGAGUGAGCAGGUCAGCAUCACUUGUCCUGGCCUACCUCAUGAUUUACCAUUCCUACAGCCUGCUGGAAGCCAUCAAUAAGGUCAAAGAGAGCAGGUGGAUUUUCCCAAACAGAGGUUUCCUAAGGCAGCUGUGUGCUUUGGAACUGAAACUACAAAAAAGCUCCUGUUUGGCCUGCAAGAACGUCAGCUUUGCUCAAAAUGAGUGA